UUAAGUGCUGAGGUAGCGUUACCAGCACUUGCAGCACUGCUAGAGAAGAUUGAUGAAUCAGUGAUAGUCUCAGUAAGUAUGGAAUGAACAUGUUUUUGUGUGAAAUUCUUUGUUUGUUCGUAUUAAGGAAAUAACAUUAAUCAAUGAAGAAGUCAUGCUAAAAAUAUUUGACUUUAAAAAAUAUAGGAAAUAUGUUUUACUGUUUCCUCGAUAUUUGGAAUUAUUUUCAAACCUUUAAUAGGAAACCCUAAGCUGUUAAGGGGUGGCUCUUAGAUUAACUGUUAGUGUGAAGCUCAUGUGUAAAUUACAUGACCUGGCGCCGUCCUAUCUGAAAGAGCUGCUGAUGCCUUAUGUACCCAGUAGAGAGCUCCGCUCAUCCGAUAGUGGCAAACUCUCGACACCACGUGUUUGCCUUGAGACUUACGGAAAGCGCACUUUCGCAUUUGCUGGUCCAACAAUUUGGAACGCCCUUUUAGAAACAACCAGACACUGGAGUCCUUUAAAACCGAUCUAAAGACACAUCUAUUUCGCAAAUACCUUCUGGGAUGAUUGUCUACCUUAUUUUCCAGUUAAUGCAUAAUGGCUGUGUUGCUCCGGGUUAAAAUGGCUAGAAAGACUUUGAGAUUGUAUGCUUGUAAUUAGUUUUUGUAGUGUUGCGUUUGUUUUAAAUGUGGUAAAUUAUAGAUAUGUUUUUUGUUGACUUUGUACCGCGCUUCGAGCCUUUGGGGAUGAAGCGUGUUUUUGAAAUGAACUUUAUUAUUAUUAUUAUUAAAUUCUCUUGCAUAAAACUAAAUUUUUACUACUUGCAAAGCUUUUUUAAUGUUAUUUAAAAAUUAUUUUUUUCUUUUGUUUCACCUUCAGCUUCAACCAUUCCCUCUGCUGGUGGUACUCGCUGAUCUCUAUGUCGAGAGCUAUGUGAUCAUUUGCAAUGAUGAAUUGAACAGAGUCAAGCUAACCUUAAAACAAGCCUCACAGAAAUGCAUUUUGCUUCUCUCAGCAGCCAUAGCAAAGUACCCAAAAUUAUUUCCAGGUAAAAAUUCUCUAUACCAAUUACGUGGAAUUCAAUGGUGUAACUACUAUCUGGGCCCACCAGUGCCUGGCUGCUUUCAGAAACUGGGAAAAUUAAUGUUACAAAAGUAUACUUAAACAAAAUUAAUUCAUUAUGACCAUACCUUCUUGUUUUCAUAAGUUAGUAUAGUUUUCAGCAAUUAGCAUUAGGGAAAGAUACAAUAAGUUUUCUUUCUAAAUUCUAAAAUUUCAUUAUUUAACAUAGGACACCUUCAAUUAAAAUGUACUCCUGGGGAUUGGUUUUGGCAUUGAUCAAUUGUUGCAUCUAUUUGUGGAUAUGACUAAUUUUAAAAAAUAAAAGCAUCCUUCAAAAUAUUAAGGAUGUCGAGUGCAAAUUGUAUCCAAGAGUAUGAAACUCUUUCAAAUUUUAUUUCAGUUAAUUAUAUGAAGUAGUAAAAUUUAAAAUAAUAAACAUUGAAAAGUUGAGUUGCUACACAUUUGUUUUUAAAUUAUCAUUGAGUGGGGAAAUAAUUUGAUUAGUGGAGGAUUGAUCCAUAUCUAUGAAUUUCGCAUUUUUUUUUUUUUCAAAGUUAAGGCAUACCUCAAAAUUCAUCUUAAACUUAAAACCAAAAUGCCUUUCUUUCAGAGUCCAGCUUUUGUUGGUUGAAAUCAAUAGCAGUUAAGUCUGGAUGGCUGUAUGUGGCCUUGCUCAAACCUGUACUUGAUCUUUGCUGUGAUCUUGAGGUAAAUAUUUUAUUUUAA